AUGGACUCUGGAUCAGCUUCGACUUCACUUUUACUUUCUGGAAAGAAAAUCGCUGUUGUCGGCGCAGGAAUCUCGGGUCUCGCUUUUGUUCACUCGGUGCACAAACAGUGGCCUCAGGGUCAUGAGUUCCCCGACAUCACCAUAUACGAGCGAGACCCUGAGGAUGCUAUCGGGCGUGAGGGCUACUCCAUCUCGAUUCGUGGAGAUACGCUUGCGGGUGGGAUGCAGGCACUUCAGAAGAUGGACCUCUUGGAUCGCGCAUUAAACGCCUCGCUCACAGGGUCAGUGCCUCCUGAAGAACGCGGAUGUUUUGGCAUGUGGGAUCCAGAUUGGAAUCGGCUCCUAGAGGUUGGCGGACCGAAACCGGGCGCCGAUAGGGUUGAGCUGGGAAUGCGGAUUGCGAGAGACGCUUUGCGUCGUGUCUUAUUGGAUGCUGUGCUUGAAAACAAGAGUGCAGCGGUCCGUUGGUCAACCCACUGCACCAAGGUUGACAAGCUCGACACCAGCGCUCGCCUUCAUUUUGAAAACGGUGAAACGGAGAUGUGCGACCUAGUGGUUGCCUGUGAUGGGGCAAAUAGCAAAAUUCGAGCCUGUUUGCGGCCAGACGAUAAGCUCUCCUUUGCUGGUGCAGUUUUGAUUAUUGGCACAGCGAGAUUCCCUGAAGGACAAGUCCCUAAGCCUGCAGAUAAAGACUGGGGCUUGGUGCUUGGUGGCAAGAAUGGUGCGGGCUUAUUUGUCUCCCCUAUCGACUCAAAGAGCGCGGUUUGGAGUCUAAGCUAUACGGCCUCGGAGCCGCGCGAAAAAUUGAAUCCUCCCAUGCCAAAAGAACAGUUGGACAAUCUAUUAGAGGAAGUUUUGGACCGCGGAAGCACAUUUACCGAACCGUUUCCUACCUUAGUGCGAGCCACGGACCCAACGACUUUACGUCUUUUUAACGCAAUGGACAAGCAACCAUUCCAGCAUACACAUUGCUCAGACCUGCCCGUGGUUUUCAUCGGUGACAGUAACCAUGCCAUGAGCCCGUUUGCGGGCAACGGUGCUAAUAUGGCGCUCCUUGAUGGCUGGGAUCUUGCGGAACAGUUGUGUCAACCUCAAUCCUUAGAGGCGGCUGUCGGACACUAUGAUAAAUCCAGCAUAAGCCGUUCUCAGAAUGCCAUCGCAGCGUCUCACUGGGCCAUUUCUAUGGCGCAUGCAACGGGCUUCAAGCUCUUUGGCUAUGGGAUUGCCCUGAAGCUUGCUUCGCUACUGAUGUGGGCUAAAGGGUGA